GUCUCACGAUGUGGGUGGGGUGGAGCCUACCUGGUCACACCUGUCCCGCAGCCCCAGGCUGCAGGCAGAAAGUGCUUGCUAAAGGCUGUUGGUAGAAGGAAUAGGGUAAGCCCCACUCCCUCUGAGCAGCUCCUUGCUGGCUCCACCCCUUCCCCUGCCCUGAGCACUCAGGGGCAGGGCACGCUGAUGGGUUAAAAGCUGGCAGCUGGGGGUCCCUCUUGGCUGUUCUGUGGAGGAGCCCAAACUGCUUCAGCAUGGCUACCAGCAGCCUUGUAAGCCCACCUGCCUGCCCCUCCUGCAGCCUGGGCCGCCAGGGCCAGAAUUCACAGCCACCCUGGCUCCUUUCUCUGUCAGGUCAGAGAGGCUGAGGGUGAAGAGGAAGGAGAGGCAGCGGCAGCAGCAGCAGCGGGAGCAUCCAUGAGAGAGGAGGCUCCAAACUCUCCCUCAACUCUGCUGUCCCUGCGGGGGAAGGCCCGCAGUGCAGGCCCAGUGGAGGCCACACAGCAGUUGCACCUUCUGCAGAACAGGUGGGCCCUGUGGUUCUUCAAGAAUGACCGCAGCCGGGCCUGGCAGGAUAACCUGCAGCUGGUCACCAAGUUUGACACCGUGGAGGACUUCUGGGCGAUUUACAGUCACAUCCAGCUGGCCAGUAAGCUCUCUUCCGGCUGUGACUAUGCCCUGUUCAAGGAUGGCAUCGAGCCCAUGUGGGAAGACGCCAGGAAUAAGCGGGGUGGCCGCUGGCUGGUCAGCCUUGCCAAACAGCAGCGCCACACUGAGCUGGACCGCCUGUGGUUGGAGACACUGCUGUGCCUUAUUGGGGAGAGCUUUGAAGAGUACAGCCAGGAGGUGUGUGGGGCGGUCAUCAACAUCCGAGCCAAGGGGGACAAGAUCGCAGUGUGGACCCGGGAGGCAGAGAACCAGACGGGCGUGCUCUCCAUCGGGCGGGUCUACAAAGAGCGCUUGGGACUCUCGACAAAGACCAUCAUUGGGUACCAGGCCCAUGCAGACACAGCUACUAAGAGCAACAUCCUGGCCAAGAACAAGUUUGUGGUGUGAGAGGGCCUAGGCAAGGGGCUGAGCUCAGCUGGAACCAUUCAGCCACCCCUGAGCCUCUCACUGCUGCGUGCAUGUGUGUCCCGGCAGGACCGGGGGCGAAGGCCGAGGGCUGGUUCUCACCUGUUGGGGAGUUAAUAUGAACAUGCUUUAACAUGCGUUGGGACCCGGGUCCAGGGGCUGCUCUGUGGGUGGAGGUGGUGGAGGGCAGGCUGAGGACCAGGGCAGUGGAAAGGAGGCGGGAAUCCCUGGGUAUCCUUGUGUCGCCCAGAGGUGGGGUGGGGUGAGUUAUGGGGAAGGAGGGCCCAACCGAAGGUGGAAAGAGGACAGGAGCAGUCUGUGACCCAGUACUGACCCUGUGCCUACCUGGAAAGGGGGCUAGGGAGGCCUUCUGUUCAGGGGAGAAGCUCAAGCCUACUGCCACUCUGAGCUAGCACCACUGGGGAUCGCUGUGCUGGGAAACCUUGGUGGACUUUCUCCCAUCAGAUUUGUAGGCUUGAAGCCCCUCCUAGACCACCCUCUUCUUUGGCUGUACCCUCACUCCAGAGGCUGGAGGCUUAGAGGCAGAACCCCAUCAUCUCGCAGAGGGAGCUGAGGAGGGAGACGGCUCCCUUUUUCUCUCCCUUGUGGCCAGGGGGUUUGGGCGUUCUCUGGCUCGGGGCGGAGGUGAAGUGAAGAUGGGUGGGCGAGGCCCCGCCCACGAGAGGAGGAGGCUGGUCAGACCUCACUGCGUUCUGCUACUGGAGGUGGAUAAACUUGAUGGAGCUCAAGCUCCUUUCUGUUCCUAUUCUAAAUAAAUGCACUCCUUUGAGCAAAAGUGGAAUGAUUUUUUUUUUUAAGGAGUGCUCUAACAUUAUGAUCCAGUCCCUCCCAAACCUCGGUCUGCUCCAGUCCUCCCUGGAAGGCGCUCGUGGGAGACUCACCAAGGAGCCCAUGCUGGGCUGGGGAAGAGGGAUAAGACUGGGGUUCCAAGAGCCAAAAGG